AUGGCUUCUACGUCAACGAAGGCGGUCACCACGAAAUCGAUUCUGAAACCGGUAACGAUUUUGAAGGGUCAUGGAGGAGACAUUCGAUCCAUAUCCUACUUUCCAGACAGCCAGCGAAUGAUGAGCGGAUCUGAGGACAAGACCACUCGGCAAUGGGAUCUGAAGGCGGGCAAGGAGAUUGAGGGAGCGCAGGGUGUUUGCGAGAAGGAGGUAUAUGCGGUGGCAGUAUCAAGGGACGGUCGAUGGGUUGUCACUGGUGGUGGAGAUCAGUGCACACAAAGUGGGGAGAUGAAAGCCUGUGAGGUUGAGACGGGGGUUGUGAAAACAUUCGAAGGACACUCACAUCAGAUCAGCUGCAUUGAUAUCGCUGCGGACAGCACACUGCUGGCAAACGGGUCAUGCGAUGAAACAGCGCGGAUAUGGAACCUGGAGACCGGCAAACUCGUGGCUGGUCCGUUCAAGAGCAUCGGUCAUGUGGCUGUGGUUCGAUUCUCCCCAGACUCAAAGAAGCUCGCAGUCAAGUUGUUUUUGGGGACAUCCCUCGAGGUCUGGGAUGUCCAAUCACAGAAAUUGGAUGCGAGGAUAGGGAAACCCUCAGCUGGAAUAGGACCCGCGGUAAUAUCGCCAGUUUUCUGGACAAACAACAACAAAACGAUCAUAGCCGCAUUGGAAUUCAGUACCACCACCAGUACCAAAUCUGAGCCAGAUUUGUAUGAUGAUGCCAAGACAAUCUAUGAGUUUGAUGCAUCGACGCUGGAGACUGUCGGAGCUCCCUUUGAAGGGCACACCGCACGCAUUGGUAGUCUAGCACUAUCAUUUGAUGGUGCUCUCCUCACUAGCGCUUCCCACCUGGACAACACCAUCAAGCUCUGGGCUUUCGAAUCACGACAACUCCUUGCCUCCUUCGACAUUCGUGGUCCUCAUAGACUUAUUCUCUCACCCGACUCACGACAACUGGUUUACACGUCAUACAUCGAAGAUGGCUACAAGAUUUGCGUAUGUGAUACUCCAUCCGACAUUCUUGCUCAGGCUCGUAUUAUUGCACGCAAAAAGUCAGCUCUCAAUCAUCUACUGCAUUCUGACGCAACUCGUCCUCCUGCCGGACACCGCAGACCACCGAUAUCUGCCACACCUAUUGCGCCGAGCCCUCCGCCUAAAAGAGAUCUGCAGCAGCCCACUUUCCUUGGCCUUAGCAAACUCUUUCACUUUUCUCGCACGAAUGCAGUACGCUCUGGUCGGAAGGAGCAAUCUCGUGAUCCCUUAGAUUUCCCUGCCACAUUGCCCUUACCUCCCAAUCGCCUUCAUCGAGAAAGCACUGCAUCGACUCCCUUGCCCGGUGGCAGGGCCUUUUUCAAUCCCAUUCGGUCGUCACCAGACAAGGGGAAACAAAAGGCACGUGUACCCAAACGAAAGACUGUAAAAGUUGUCGACGUUCCUCUCGGACAAGCUACCUAUGGUGAUGUUGUCGGUGUGGACGAUGGAGUACGACCAUUUGUUCUCUUCUUUUGCCUCAGCUGGUUCCAGAAAAAGGAGAAGAAGCCGGAACCACGCGUAGUCUACGAUGUCGAACUUGAGGACGACGAUGAAGAGGAAAAUGCUCCUGGUCCAAUCGCUGUGCCUCCUGCCGGGGUUCAGCACGAAGAAAUCAAAUUGAAAACUCUGGCUAGUCAGUCACAGCCUGAAGCAGGACCAUCUCGCCUUGCAGGAGCUGACGAACACCUAGAGGCAGAGUUUCCGUAG